GUAAAAGGCGUAGCCAGUCAUAUUUGUGGCAGUUACCUGAGAGCAACAGGAUUAAAAGGACGCUGCUGGCGGCGUCCACUUUAAUCGACACAGAAGCAAACAACAUGGUGGAACAAACGAGACGGCCGAGGCGCAUCGUCUCCCUCCAGGCUGGACCUGGUGAGGUGGGCACCGACGCCCUGUUGGACGUGAACCUCAGGAUAAACGACAGAGCUGCACAGGACUUUGGGCGACAGUUGGCCGUUAUCGGAGAUCAGCUGGACUGGGAGUGGACCGGCAGACCACCAAACUGGCUCCCGAACGCUCUUCACAUGCUGAGACCCGCUCGGGCGCUGACGAGGACCAUAUAUCGAGACAUCCACAGUCAGUUGUGGGGCUUCCAGGGCCCGUCUGCUGCGGUGAAGGCCUGCAUAGCGAGCACUGCGCCCGGGCUGGGGAUCCUCAGAGCGGCCGCCUGGGCAACCUGGGAGUCCAGUUUGAAACCAGUAACCUGCACUGGCUGGACCAGAGCACUGGUGACUGUGGCACUGGUGGCUGCAGUGACCAUGUUUGGUGGACUCUGGGUGGAAUGGAAAGCCUAAAAAAUAAAUUAAAAUAAAUAUUAAAAAAAGGGACCAUAAGCAGGUCUUUUAGGCCAUUAUAAAUGUGCAAAUUAAUUGCAAUUAUUGCCGUUUGUUUCUGCUGUUUACUUUUCCUUUUUAUACCAUUUGAAUGAUGUGUUGAAUUUGACGCUAUAUGACCGUAAACAGGAGUAAAAAAAAAUAAAUAAAACUAACAUUUGUGGAAAUAGUUUUGAUGCGGUGACGUGUUGGUUCACAGUUGUAUUAAAAUGUCAAGAAGCAUGUUUCCCAUGACCGGACUGUUGCUGGCCUGCAGUCUUUUGUAUCCAGAUGAGUUUCUUACUGGUUUAAGAGGCCAACAUUUUUACAAAUAUGCAGCCUGGCUUUAUAAAAAAAAUUUUAAAAAUAAAAAUGAUGAGAGCUGGACUUUCUGUUUCAGAUUUGAAUCUUUUUCAUGCGAUGCCAAUAAACUUACAA